CCAUUAUCUGCACCUGUAUAACUGUCCUUCUUGGAGAGCUUUGGUAUUGCUAGGGGAAGGGAAUCCUGAGUCCUGUACUGUUUCCUUAUCCUGACAUAUUUGACUGCUAUGUGCAGGCUGUCCUGCCACCAAGAACACACUGCUUGAGUGAAUGCUUAUUAUUUAAACGAUGCUACCUUUUGCUUCUGCAAAAUUCCCAAAUUUAUGGACACUUCCACCCAUUUGCGGUCCUGUGUCCCUCAUUUAGUACUGUAUGACAUUUAUGUUUCCCAAAGCUCGUUUUGUAAUAGCAUAUUAAUAGAAUCCACUACUAUGUUGGGUAGAUUAAAGGGCAUCCAUCCAUUCAUUUUCUGCAGGUUUCAAAGAAAGCUAGACCGACUUUAAGAAGAUGAAGUCCCCCUCAUUUUAAGAGAACAAUCAUUUUUUUCCCAAAAUACUGGGAGUCCCUGAAGUUUAACAUCGAUGUAAAAGAUCUCUUCAAUCAUUAACAUAGCCAUAUAGUAUAAUUCCUUCGGGGAUCCCAAUCAACAGAAAUGUCCCAAAAUAUCUCAGGAUGAUGCAGUGGACAAUGAUCCUCAAGAAACAGAAGGGAAAACUGUCACCGAGACCAAUAUAUUUUUAAAAUAAUAGACAGAUUAAGUUUUUAUUACGAUGUAAAAAUAUUUUUACAGCUUAGCUCCAUCUCUCAGAGUCUCAGAUAUUUUCUGGAACCGAAAAGCAUUUCUUCGAACUUUAAUCUUUAGCACAGUUCCCCCAGUUGAAUCAGCUGAUCCGACAUAAACACCGCACGCCCCAACUGCCUUUGAGACGAGAAGAAAUUGAUUUUCCCGUUUGGAUUAAUAUUUAUGAAACAUCAGUUUGAAACACAAAGAUCCUCAUACGACUUGGAUCACGCUAGACCUCAGAUGACUCAAGCGAGAAGAAAGAAAAAAAACAAAACAACAUCCGUAACCUCCAUCAUAUGCAAACCUGCCGCCUUCAGCUUAAUGUUUCUCUUUCAGGAAAUUGUCUGCCGGCUGAUUGGUUAGCCCCCCACCACGUGAUCCUCCUACUGGAGUUUCCACGACAGCUGGGAGCUGUGAUCCGGGCGCCUUAGUCAUUUUUUGUAUCAAAUUUUUCUGUUCGUAUUUCAGUAUAAACAAAUCAGGUUUCAGCAACAUGGGAGACAAGAAGAGCCCGACAAGGCCAAAGCGGCAACCCAAGCCUUCUUCUGACGAAGGAUACUGGGACUGUAGCGUUUGCACAUUCAGGAACAGCGCCGAGGCUUUCAAGUGCAUGAUGUGUGAUGUCAGGAAGGGAACAUCAACACGGAAACCGCGGCCAGUUUCCCAGCUGGUUGCACAACAAGUAACCCAGCAGUUUGCUUCCCCAACACAACCAAAGAAAGAGAAAAAAGACAAAGCAGAAAAAGAAAAAAAUGAAAAGGAAACAACACUCAAAAAAAACGGUCACAAGAAAAUGAGGCCAAGAUUAAAAAACGUGGACAGAAGCAGUGCACAGCACUUGGAAGUCACAGUAGGAGAUCUGACUGUUAUUAUUACAGACUUUAAGGAGAAAACAAAGUCCACACCAACUUCCAGCGCUACAUCUGCUGACCAGCACAGUCAAAGUGGGUCCAGUUCUGAUAACACUGAAAGAGGAAUCUCCAGGUCGUCCUCACCUCGAGGAGAAGGAUCAUCAGUAAACGGAGAAUCCCACUAAACCUCAUUCUCACACCCUUCCCCACCACCACCCCCCCACAAACCCCUCUUAAGUUUCUUUAGUGGUCUGGAACAGAUGUAAAACUUACACCAAGAUGUACAAGUUCAAAUUUUAAUCGAGAUACACCCCAGUUUCAUGACAUGCAGGCAUGAUGGUUUGCAUUUUGGAAGUCUUCCAGAAUGUCCUUAGCACUGGUCAAUUUUUGGUCCUUGGACAAAGAUGGAGCAUUGAGUGCACUUUUAAAAUAAAUACUGUAAAGAUGUCUUUCAGCCUUGGCUAAGUAUACAGCAAAAAAGAAUUUGUCCUAUAUUCCUGAAAGGUACAAAACUUUACAGUGCCAUGUUAAUGUGGUAGUAUUUUACUUCAAAUCAGUGUUACAUUGUCAAUAUACACUUAAAUUUGUGAAUUUCUGUCCCUUUCCACAGUGGAUUCUAUCAUGGCAUGAAAUGGAUAAAAGUGUUAAGGAAAUGUUCCAGAUUGUUGAUGAUGCAUUACGGGAGAAAAUGGGAAGCAGCUAUAUUUCUAAGUGUACAGUAACAUUGAUAAAACAGAUUAGCUGUAAUAGCAACAGAGCUUUCUUCUCAGUGGCUUAAUGCACCUGCUGGUACUUGGUGUGGUUUAAUGGGAAAAUGUUCUUUUAAAAAAAACAUUUGUAUACAGUUUUGCCAACGUUUUACAGCACGAUAUUCUAAUAGAUCAUAUCACUGUUAUGUUGCGGUUUUACCAAACUGUGCUGUUAUAUGUAUAUGAACAUCUCAGUUAAUUACAUGGUUUUACUGUCAGAACAAAAAAAUUUAUAAGUAAAAGAAUGAAAUGAUGAAUUCAUUGUUUAGAGAUUGAUCUAUCUCGAUCUGCUUCUCAUUCAUUUUAUAUUAUAGAUGCUAGCUUGUCAUUAUUUAGAGUGGUUUAUAUUAUAGAAAUGAUCACAAAAUAAAAUUAAAAUUAUAGACUCCUUCCUUAGUAAAAUGCAUCCUAAAUAUGAAGUUAUUACAGUGUCCAUAUUUUUUAUUUCUUUUUGGAUCAACAUUGGACUAAUGCACUACACUGUACAUUUGAGAGUUGGUUGAUAAACAUACUUCUUAGGUGUUUAGAAAUUUAGCAUUAAGGGGUGAUGAUUUAAAAGUGCUUUCUACAAAACAUGUUCUGUCAUUUACUCUUGUGAAACUGCAUGAAUUUCAAAACUAAAAGAAAUGCCAUUCACGAGCUUCAAAUAGCAAAGAAUUUAUUGUGAUUCACGUUGAUCAGUGAUUAAUAUGGGAAUUUGGGUGUUUUGAAAUUUAAAUAAUUCCUUGUAGUCUUAAAUGUACGGUCUGUACUGAAUGUAAUUAAGGUUUUGUUUUUCCCAAAGGAAAAAAUGACCUUAAUGUACCAAUUAACUACUUAAUUGCUUUUGAGUAAAAUCUUCAAGAGGUGCAUAUUUUCCUAAAUUAAAUUUAACUUUAAAGUUGGUGUCAUUAGGGAAAUUACUUAGAUGUCAUAGUGUCAUGAUCAUAGGAUCUUUUAAUUUUCUAGAACAAAGUUUUUAACCUGUUGUAAUAACCUUAGUUUUUUUAUAUAGAAUUAAUACAUUUUGUUGUGGCUGUUCUUUUGUAGACCAGCUAUUAUUCAUGGUUUGGGGAUGAUUCUUUUGAAAUUGCAGCAGUAGUAUAACUAAUGCAUCAAUCACAGUAUGUGCUCCUUAUCACAGUCAAGAAGGUUUUGAAGCAUUUUAAAGUAUUUUUAGAUAACCAAGUCUUCCUCAAAAGAACAUUUAAGAAAGUUUGAUGAAAACAGGCACUCCAACCUAUUAAAACUCACCAUUACUCUAUUCACUGAUUGUUAAUCACCCCAGCAUACUAUUGUUCUCAUCUUGAAUAUGAUCACAGGCUUUUUAAGUCUUGUAAGGGUUUAACACCUUUUCCCCAAGGAUACCAUAUGGUAGUCAACUGACUAAGGAUUUCAGCCUAUGAAGUCAAAACAUAUGAAGAUUAUCUUUUAAAAAAAACAAAAGACCAAUUAAAACUGGUUUGCAACCAAUACACAUUAGUAGUCAUAAUUAUGAAGACACCUGGACAUUUCACUGAAAUAAAAGUAAUCUCAAUUAA